GCGACUUUGCCGGAUUGUGCCGCGCUCAGGCCGAGAACAUCAACCGACGCUUUGAGUUCCAAUUGAAUCCGGCCGAGUUCGUGGCUAAGUUGGCCGGCUCGCCCGUGUUAAGCACUACCGUGUCCGAUGAGGGUGUAUUGCAAGGCGGGACCGCCAACUGGAUAGCUUGGGGCCGGCAUGUGCGGCCUUUCUUUCGACCUGCGCCUGUCCUUACCUAUCUCAAUGGCGCGUUAGCCGCUGGCUACACGCCCAUGCCCGGCGGGGCCAAACGCGAGCGCGUGGCCAAGAGUAAGCCCGGCGCCGCCACGCGCGUCACUCUGAAGGUCAACGCGGGUCGCGUCGAUGGCGUGGAUGCGUUGGUCGACCGAGUGUGGAAAACGCUCAAACGAGAACGACGGAGACAGAAUUGCCCCUUUAUUGAUCUAUUCGCUUUUGUCUUGGAUCCGGACAGCUUUGGGCGCACCAUUGAAAACAUCUUUCAUGUCACGUUUUUGGUGAAAGAACGCCGGGCCGUGUUGGAUUUUACCGGUCCGGGUUUACCCAAAGUCGCGCCGUUGGAUGAAUCGGGCCAUGAUGCCAACGGUCAACCGUGCCCCACGCAACAAUUGCUGUUGACCUUGACGUGGCAGGAUUAUGACGACUUGUGCCGAAUAUAUCGUCUCAAAAAAGCCGUGAUAGAUCGACCGACUGACGAAUCCUCGCUUUAACUCCAAUUGGCUGUGAAAUGGGAAUCAACCCAAUUGUAUUUGUCAGAUUGCCAUUGAAGAAUUAUGAUGCGAAAUUUGGCCGACCGCCCACCACGGUGAGAGAAUUGCCAGUUGCACCAUUGAAAGAACUGUGCACGUGGCCUGCCCAUAAAUGCAGGGUUGAUUGAGUUUUGUUAAAAAAUUAGUUCCAACUUCAUGUAUGUUAACAAAGCAAACCCUACAUACCGGGUGGCCGUCAAUGCGCAUCCAACGGAUGGCAAAGUCAAAAUCAUAACAAAACGAAUAAUUUUCAAUAAAUUUUUAUAAUAGA